AUGAAUAAAUCCUUCUCUCACUCAUGUCGGCUAGACUAUAUUCAACUCUCAGAUGGGCGCUACCUCAGUUAUGCAAUUUACGGCGAUCUACAGGGACACCCAGUCCUACAUUGUCAUGGCUUCCCAGGAUCGCGACUCGAAGGGGCCCUCUGGCAUGAUGCCGCUCUGAAAUACCACAUAAGACUGAUCGUGCUCGACCGACCAGGCUUCGGCUUUUCAUCAUUCCAGCCCCAACGCAGCAUUACGGACUGGCCUCGCGAUGUAGCUGCUUUGCUCCAUCACCUCGAACUUGACGAGUUCUAUCUACUUGGAACUUCAGGCGGCGGUGCUUACGUUCUUGCCUGUUUACAUCAACUACCCGAGGGUCGAGUUCGCGGAGCGACUAUUGUGUCGGGCAUCUAUCCUUUCGAACUUGGGAUUGAGGAUAUGCCACUGAUGCCACGGAUCAUGGUAUUCCUCGCAGUAUGGCUGACCCCUCUUAUGGCGGCACUUAUAUACCUAGUGCUAGGUCGUGCAGCUCGAGCAAAAGAUCCAGGAGCCUUCAACAAGGCAUUCAUGAGGGAUGUCAAAAUGCGUCCUGAGAUCGACCACGCUUGUUUGGAGGAUGAAUCAUACAAAAAGAAGUUCUUAUCAUCAGUCAGGGAAGGUAUCAGAGCGAACAGUUACGCAUUUGCCUGGGAGGCUAGGCUUUUGGGAGGAGACUGGGGCUUUCCACUAGACGAGAUUCAUGCUACUCGCUUGACUCUGUGGCAUGGGAACAUGGACAUUGGCAAUCCUGUCAGCAUGACAAGAAGAGCAGUUACGCUAUUGAGGGGUGUGAGAUUAUUCGUGUUGGAUGAGGGGCAUCUAAGUUUGCCGGCGAGACAUAUGGAGGAAAUUUUGCAAGAGUUAGUGAGCACUUAA